AUGUUGACGAUCUUUGAGACAAAAUGGCGAUCUUUGAGACAAAAUGUAGAUCCCUUGAUCGUUGGCCCUGUAGAGGAACCGAUCGCCAUUUUGUCUCAAAGAUCGACACGUCCGGUGAUCGGCAUCGGCCCUGUAGUGAUCAACAUCGGCCCUGUAGAAACAUAG